GCCCCUUAAAGAUGUUUGACAUCAUGUUUCCUCACGUGGCGUCAACAUUUUCAACCUCCUAUCGUUGCUAUUCUCACUCAUUUACUCCUGGAAAGGCGCGCGACGACAUCAUGGAUGGUGGAAAAAUUCUCAUGCCACCAUCGGCUCUCGAGCACUUAACAAGACUAAACGCUCUCAAUCCAAUGACAUUUAAACUAACUAAUACCGCGGCAAAUAGAAGCACUCAUUGUGGUGUGCUUGAAUUUGUCGCCGAUGAAGGUAGAAUUUACGUGCCUUAUUGGAUGCUGCAGAAUCUCUGCCUUGAAGAGGGAGAUUUGGUUCAUGUGGAGAGUGUCGUCUUGCCUGUUGCCACUUUUGCCAAGUUUCAACCACAAUCCGUAUCCUUUCUCGACAUAUCCAAUCCAAAAGCUGUCUUGGAAUACGCGUUGCGUAAAUUUGCUUGCCUCACGGUGGGCGAUACGCUUGCGAUUACCUAUAACGAUACUAUGUAUGAACUCAAAGUCCUAGAAUUGCAGCCAAAGAAUGCCGUUCGAAUCAUCGAGUGCGACAUGAGUGUUGACUUUGCUCCACCUUUGGGGUUUGAGGAGAGUCGGGGACCCAAGGAAAAUACAUUACCUCCUUCAGAGGAGGACAAUGAAGCUCUCAUUCCGGAGCAGGUCAAAGGAUUGAGAGUUUUCGGCGGUAUGGGCUGUAGACUGGAUGGUCGGAGUUGUGAGUCCAAUGCAGGCACAUUAACAUCUGCGGGUCAAGUCAUCGCACAACGGGGAGUGCCGAACUUUGACUACCAGCCGGGUAGUCUUACCUUCCUGCGAAUAAAUAAAAAGAAAGCAGACAUGUGUAACUAUAGUUAA